AUGCGAGCCGAGGACUUCGAUGAUGAUCACUCAUUCCUCCACCUUGACUUUGGGAUCCUCCUUGUUGAGCAUGAAGGUGCUGUGCUCCUAUCUUCCCUUCAUUUCAAUCCAGCUUCAAUAAAGAUCAUCAUUGAGGGAGAAGUUGUGAUGGAAGGCAUUAAAGACUUGCCAAAAGCCAUGUGCAUUCUUUUUGGACUUGCAUACGCACUGCAUCUCAACUACCCCAAAUCAAUGAAGAACACAUUCCAGUUCAUCCAACAAUAUGAGCAGGAAAAGUCAGCUGCAACUCCAUGUCAGGAGCCGUUUCUCAGACUGUUGGCGAGUGCUCGGGGCAGGAGGUUGGACGAGCAGAGAGCAGGAACAGGAAACCUGCGCACCAUAUCCGAACACAGCAGCACUAGCAGCAGACAGAUGAUCCUCAGCCAGGUCAUGGCCAGCACAGACGCCACCGAACCAGACGACCAGUUCUUUGACAUGCUCGUCAAGUGUCAGGGGUCCCGUCUGGACGAUCAGCGGUGUACCCCUCCUCUGCCCUCCACCCGUGGCCCCACCGUCCCGGACAAAGUCUUCUUCAGCCUCAUCAUGCGUUUACAGGCCAAGAGGAUGGACGAGCAGAGAGUCACGCUGCCCUCCUGCCGCUGAUCAAACAUGCACUCCCACUUCUGAACUUCAUAUGCAGAAAUGAGCUCAUUUUAAAGGGAUAGUUCACCCAAAAAUAAAAAUUUGAUGUUUAUCUGCUUACCCCCAGGGUAUCCAAGA